UGUCUCAGGGGAGGAGGGCAGGGCGGCCGGCCCCUCCCACUCCGCCUUUUCUCGAGUGUCCUGCCCCCGGGCCUGGCAGCGGGCGCCAGGCCGCCGGCGAGUGUGCGCAGCGACUCGGGGCACCGACGGCGGUGGGUGCGCGAGGACCGCGGCGGACCUGCUGGCGCCAUGCGCUCCCUCUCCAGUCUGCGGGGGCCCCGGGCGCCGCCCCUGCCGCUGCUCCUCCUGUGCCUCCUCGCCCCUGUGCGCCGGAGCUCGGAGGACGGCCGUACCCCAGCUGCACCUUUCACAAGUCUACCUGUCCGGGAAGAAAUGAUGGCAAAAUACUCUAACCUUUCCUUGGAGAGUCAUAACAUAUCACUGACUGAACAUUCCAAUAUGCCAGUCGAAAAAAAUAUCACUUUAGAAAGACCUUCUAAUAUAGAACUCACAUGCCAAUUCACGACAUCUGGAGAUUUGAAUUCAGUAAAUGUGACUUGGAGAAAAGGUGAUGAACUACUUGAGAAUAAUUAUCUCAUCAAUGCAACAGGAAGCAUCCUGUAUACCCAAUACAUGUUCACCAUCGUUAAUAGCGAACAAAUGGGAAGUUAUUCUUGUUUCUUUGAGGAGAAAAAGGAACAAAGGGGCACAUUUAAUUUCAAAGUCCCUGAACUUCAUGAAAAAAAGAAACCGUUGAUCACUUAUGUAGGGGAUUCAGUUGUCUUGAUGUGUAAAUGUCAAGGCUGUUUUCCUUUAAAUUGGACCUGGUACAGUAGUAAUGGGAGUGUACAGGUUCCUGUUGGUGUUCCAAUAAACAAUAAGUAUGUGAUCAAUGGAAAAACUGCUAAUGAAACAAGGCUCAAGAUAAUGCAACUUUCAGAGGAAGAUCAGGGAUCUUACUGGUGCCAGGCAAUAUUCCAAUUAGGCGAGAGUGAAGAACACAUUGAAAUUGUCGUGCUGAGUUAUUGGGUGCCCCUCAAAGCAUUUCUUGGAAUAGCUGCUGAGGUGGUUCUUUUAGUGGCUAUUAUUCUGCUUUGUGAAAUGUACACCCAAAAGAAAAAGAAGCACUCAGAUGAUGGGAAGGAAUUUGAACAAAUUGAACAGCUGAAAUCAGAUGAUAGCAAUGGUAUAGAAAAUAAUGCCCCCAGGCACAGAAAAAAUGAAUCUGUGGGCCAGUGAAUGAGAAACAUCAUGUCAAGAGUCACAGGAAGAUGUCAAAGAGUUUGGAUCUCAGCUUUGUUUCUGCUUCCUGUUAAGAACACGUGAAUUUUUAUUUUUAAAAGGAUGAAAAGUUUAUGCAAGAUGCUCAGCAGUAGCUUUGUAAAUAAUAUAUGCUAUUUCAGAUCUAAAGAUAUAUUUUCAUUCUAUUAUUAUUUUACAUUAAAGCAAGGUAAAUUGUAUUAAGUAUGUUCUAUGAGCUGUAACCCAGGACAAUUAAUUUCAUUCUAGUCCUCAAGGGACACACAGAACAGACACCAGCAAAACCAAAUAGUACACAGAGCGAAUGUCACUCAAGACCUGUUUAUAACCAAAGAAUUCAUUAAAGACAAACCCUUUGCCAUUUGUCUUAAAAAGGUUUUUUCCCCAAUCAUGUUUACUAGGUGUAGAAGUAUUUGUAAUAAUUUUCAUGUAAAGUUCAUCCUUCAGUCAUAUUGAAAAAAAGUGUCCUCAAGGGGAAAUUAGUACUUUCUACCUUUGUUAAUGAUGGUUACUCUACAAUCUCCAUAAGAAAAACAUAUUUUUCCUACAAAAAUAUUGGUUUAAGGCAAGAAAAUGAAACCAUACACUUGCCCCAAAUCUCCAGCACCACAAAAGCAGAUUUCCCAAUCUCAUUCCACUCAUCACCACUGUUUUCCCACACCAGGCUAAAGUGAUUUUUAGUCUUUCUGGAGAACAUUUUUUUAAAGCUAUGGGUUUUGGAUUUCUUAAGUGACAGCUGGUGUUGAUGUUGUAGGGUACAGGUUCACACAGACGGGAUGUAGCACUGCUACUGGCAUGCUUCCGUGCUUCAUGGUUUCCUGGUAUCCAUGGCUGGCUAAAUAUCUAAAAAUGCAUUAUUAGUGGUUUAUAAUACUAAUGCCUUUGUCUGAAAUCAAGAAGUACUAAAGUAGUUCUAUGUUGCUGCCAGUAACUUAGACUUUUCUUUAAAAAUAGAAUACUUUGUUUCUAUUGCAUAUAUAACUGGACUAUUUUAUAAAAAUCACUGUAAGUCCAAUGAAAUCUGAACAGACAUGGAAAGUUGUUAAUGGUUUUGAAUGUAACAUUAACAUCAUAUGGCAGGACACUAGGUUAGGUUGAAGACAGUGAUGUGAAACCUGCUGGGGGUCCUUGGUGCUGAUGAGUCCACUGUCCCCCUGCUCACAGCGCAGCAGCAUUCAGAACAAUCACAGGCAAAGAGGGAAGGGUUUGGGAUGGGGGCAAAGAACCCAUGAUCUUGGUGACUAGGGGAUUAAAGCUUGAAAAGAGGAGUUCAAUUGUUUGAAAAAAAUACUUUUUAGACAUUUACAUGAUGUUCUGGCUGAGAAAAUUAUAAUAAAAUUCAGGUAGUGAAAAAUUAUACUUUAUAUGGCAUUUUAACUAAUGUUAAAAAUAUUACUAGUAUAAAUAAUACACAUAAAGUGUCACUUGGAAGCUACUCAUUUUGUUGCAGCAGUGUUUUGUGUAAAGCAUGUUAACUAUUGACACAAGUUUUGCUGAACAGACUACAUCAUUUAAGUAACGGCAGGUUUCACCUUAUUGUUUUAGAGCAAUAAGCCAGGCAUUUGUUUUGGUUUAAUUAAUUAUUAAUUUGACAAAAUGAUCUUGGGUGGUAUCUAUAUGAUGGCAGACAACCAAGCAGUUCACUUAAUUAAUCUAAACAGUUUGAAUUCAGUGAAAAAUUAUUCAGACCUGCUAUUUGACUAAGUCCAAUUCAAAACAAUGUAUUUGUGACUGGACAUAUACAAAUCCCCAAUUUGUAGCUCAUAUGCAGUAUGCAUUCUUCUCUUUUGCCACCACAAAAUGGUUCUCAAGCAAGAAAAAUUGCUUCUGCAAUGUAAAAUAAUCUGAAAUAUUUAUGUAGUAAAUUGAAUUUUUAAGUGUUAAUGCUUGCUAUUUUUCCUAGCAAAGACAAUUCAAUUCAGUAACUUUAAGCAGAAAAGGUACUCAGAAAAUUAAAGUUGAAUUUUGCCUUUUCAGAGUCUCUCCGGAGAACUUCCAGAAAAUUAUUCUACCACCGUUAGGUUAAAAAUGGAAUGCUUCCAUUAACUAACCUCACGGAGAUGAAUGGAUUAACUAAAAAUGACCAACUGUAAAUUGAAAUGACCAACUGAAAAUACUAAGCAAGCAGAAAAGCUGAAGUAGGAAAACUACUCCACGUUUAUAUAUUAGACACCUUGGGAAAUUCUAUUAAUCUUUCUAGCUAACAGAGUUUUGCAGCAUAAUAAGUAGAUUUAAUGAUGUCUUAAAAUUCCCAGAUAUUUUCAUAUUCAGUUUAUGCUCUAAUGCAAAUCUUCUCUUUGCAGUCUUUCCCUUUUUUCUCAGCCUCUAGUUACCCAGGCCAAAACCUAGAGCUCAUUGUGCUGUUUUCUUCUCUAUUAACUAAUGUUUAUUAGUCAUGAAUCUCUAUUCCUUUGGCCUUUUUCAUAGCUCAUUAAUCCACCCACUGCUUCCCCUACCCCACGCUCGCCAGCUGCAACAGCUAAGGUCUUGAUUUUCCUACCUCAGUCUCAUCUUCGGUUAAUCAUUUUUUGCAUUGCUGCUGGGCCAUAUUUCUGAAACACAAAUCUCACUAUGUAGCUUAAUGUGGCAGCUUCCAUGACAAAGCUCUACAGGCUCACCUUUGCCAUAUCUUAAUAUUGCAGUUUUCCAAAUUGCAAAUCCUUUCCCACUGUCUUGAUUUAGCCUUGACAUAGAGAGAGUCUGUCCAGAAUGCUGCCCCCUGUGCUCCUCCCUUUUGAUGAACUCAAGUUUAGCUUUCAAGACUUUAAUCUGAUGUGACUUCCUGGCAGAUCCCUCACACCCAGCUGAGUAUGUGCCAGCUUAUGAGCUCAAAUAACUCCACGUUUCUUUGUGCUUACUACCCUGUAUUACAAAUACGCACUUAUACGCCUCCUUCCUGGACUCUGCUUUUAUUUCUGUAUCCCGUACCUCCCACAGAGACGGUACAUUGGAGAUGCCAUGAAGUGUGUGGUGCAUGGAUAAAUGUACAGGUAAACAUCAAAUUUCAUAAAUUUACACUGAUUUUUAGAAGAACAAUCUAAAUUGUGACAUCAGAAUUGAAACAGAUUAAUCUCCAAGAUUUACAAGCAGCUCAUGCAUCUCAAUAAAAAAAAAAAACAUACAACCCAAUCCAAAAAUGGGCAGAAGACCUAAAUAGACAUUUCUCCAAAGAAGAUAUACAGAUUGCCAACAAACACAUGAAAGAAUGCUCAACAUCAUUAAUCAUUAGAGAAAUGCAAAUCAAAACUACAAUGAGAUAUCAUCUCACACUGGUCAGAAUGGCCAUCAUCAAAAAAUCUAGAAACAAUAAAUGCUGGAGAGGGUGUGGUGAAAAGGGAACCCUCUUGCACUGUUGGUGGGAAUGUAAAUUGAUACAGCCACUAUGGAGAACAGUAUGGAGGUUCCUUAAAAAACUAAAAAUAGAACUACCAUACGACCCAGCAAUCCCACUACUGGGCAUAUACCCUGAGAAAACCAUAAUUCAAAAAGAGUCAUGUACCAAAAUGUUCAUUGCAGCUCUAUUUACAAUAGCCAGGACAUGGAAGAAACCUAAGUGUCCAUCAUCAGAUGAAUGGAUAAAGAAGAUGUGGCACAUAUAUACAAUGGAAUAUUACUCAGCCAUAAAAAGAAACGAAAUUGAGUUAUUUGUAGUGAGGUGGAUGGACCUAGAGUCUGUCAUACAGACUGAAGUAAGUCAGAAAGAGAAAAACAAAUACCAUAUGCUAACACACAUAUAUGGAAUCUAAGGGGAAAAAAAAAAAAGGUCAUGAAGAACCUAGUGGCAAGAUGGGAAUAAAGACACAGACCUACUAGAGAAUGGACUUGAGGAUAUGGGGAGGGGGAAGGGUAAGAUGUGACAAAGUGAGAGAGUGGCAUGGACAUAUAUACACUACCAAACGUAAAAUAGAUAGCUAGUGGGAAGCAACCGCAUAGCACAGGGAAAUCAGCUCUGUGCUUUGUGACCACCUAGAGGGGUGGGAUAGGGAGGGUGGGACAGAGGGAGAUGCAAGAGGGAAGAGAUAUGGGAACAUAUGUAUAUGUAUAACUGAAUCACUUUGUUAUAAAGCAGAAACUAACACACCAUUGUAAAGCAAUUACACUCCAAUAAAGAUGUUAAAAAAAAUUGAAACAAAAUAUUUUAACAGAGAUAAACAAGCCUUUAAAACUUCACUGUUUGCUUCUACUUCUUUGAAAAACAGUAGUAAUAGAAUAAAAAGUCCUGUCAGAUUUUAAUAAUGUGUAAUAAUCUAAUGAGCAAAGGGAGUUCUGAUUCCUAAACUAUUAUACAGGGUAUGUUGCUUUCAACUUAUCUAAAUUCCUAUUGGGACUUCCCUGGCGGUCCAGUGGUUAAGACUUCGCCUUCCAAUGCAGGGGGUGCGGGUUUGAUCCCUGGUCAGGAAGCUAAGAUCCCAUAUGCCUCCCAGCCAAAAAACCAAAACAUAAAACAGAAGCAAUACUGUAACAAAUUCAAUAAAGACUUUAAAAAUGGUCCACAUCAAAAAAACUUUAAAAAAAAUGUUCCUAUUGUCCUUUAUUUUUCAUAGGCAGUGCAAAUGUUAACCUUAUUUUUAUCCUUUAUUUUAAUAAGAUAGUGUAUUGACUUUAUAUACAUAAAGAAUUUUAGUAAUUGUAGUUCUUUGCAUGGUACUGUAGAUAUUAGUGUCCACUUCCCUAACUUUCUCUUUCCUCCUCCCUGCCAGUACCUCAAGAGUACCUCAGAAUAUCUCAGAAUCCAAUUCAAAAUUUGUAUUAAAUAUAUUUUUUAGAAAGCUUUCGUUGGUUAGUUUUGGUCACUGAAAGUUUGUAAUUAAUUAAAUUCAUCAAAAGAAAAAAUGUCAGUUCUGCUCACUUAUUCCCUGGGUUUUCAUCUUUGAGGCAUUUAAAUAGAUUUAUGCAAAUUAUUUACUGAAUAUCUACUUCUUUAUAGAAAAUGAAUCUUCUCUAACUGAACAAGUUAUGCAGUGAAUUAGGGACUUGCUUCCUGUUAGCAUGUUUAGGUGGCAGCAAGUUCAAGUGUGUGUUCCAGUAUUAAUUAAAAGGCACACUGACCUAUUAUAGCUUUCUCUGAAUUUAUAUUUAUUGAAUGACUGAAAAAUAGAUGAACGACUCAAUUAUUUUGGAAUCUUAAAUUAUACAUAUUUAUGUAAUAUCUACUUUGAUUUUGAUUAAUUAACUGUGAAUUUAUCUUCUCUAGCAUAGAUAAAAAGAAAACUGGAACUAUCUACAUGCAUUUCUUUCACGUGAUAUUUAGGAAUGUAUUUGCAGUAUACCUGAAAGGUCAGUUACAUGCUCAGUUUAUCAGCUGAGUUCUUUAUUGAGGGUAUAUCAUAUUAUUAAAUAGUAAUAAACACAUUUGUUGAGUGCUUAGCAUGUGACAGGUACUGUGCUAAAUACUUUGAAAUGUGUUAUCUCAUUUAAUUUACACAUCAUCUUAUGCUAUAGAAACUAUUAACUACUUUUUUAUAGAUGAGGAGACUAAAGCUUGAGAGAUUAGGUAUUUGGAUCUGGGAUUGAAAUCCAAGGAGUCCUCCUCAAGAGUCUAGGUUUAACUACGUUGAACAGCUUUGGCCUGCUACUUAGGUGCUUCUUAGAAAAAUGAGGCUAUUAUCUAUUAACUGUCUUUUAAAAAAAAAAAUUUCACUCCUUUCGAUGGUCAGUUAAAUCAUAAGUUCCAUAAUUUUAUUCUUAAGGCUUAUAGAACCUAUUCUGUGGCAUACUUGUGUCCCUGCAGUGGUCCUGGGGAAUCAAUAUACUUCUGUUUGUUUUGAGAGUCUUCAUUGUUUUCUCAAUAACUAGUGUGACCAUAAAAUUUAUCAUCCAAACACUGAGAAUGAAAUAAAGUGCUAUUUGUAAUUUUACCAGGACAAACAGAAAACAGACUGUUAAGUCACAUUUUUAGCCUGUAGGUAGGAGCUAAGUACUUUAUGGAUGAUCUAGCCUAGGCACAGCAGUAAUAUCUGCAAUUUUGAGUGAUAAACACUUUGAAAUUUACCUCCAAGGAACGACCUAUCUUUAGCAAAUGCCAGGUGAGUCUCACUAUAGAGAUGUGCCUAUAAUGAGACAAUUUAGUAAGCUUAAAGAUUUAUUACUUUUCAAAAGUAGUAUGAUUAAAGUGUAUCAGCAUUUGAAAAUGUGAUUCACAAGUUGUAAGAGAAGCUGGGAAAGAAAGUCCUGUUUUUGAUAGCCUGUGAAAUGAACUAGACAAUUCUUUGGACUUGCUUACCUUCAUGAUUAAUGUGUCAUAAUGAUAAUAUCUAUGUAAUUCUCAAUAAGUCAGGAAUGCCUGAUUAUGCCCUUAUAAUAAAAUUUACUUAUGAAAUCAGUGAACACCACUCAUGACUAACAUUGUCAAAAUUACUUUUAAUCACAUGAUUAACCUGUAACAUUUAUAUUUCAUUAUUUCUCAUGUCCCAAAUGGGAGAAUGCUAGUGAAACUUGUUUAGGGUAUUGGUUAAAGUCUAUAUAUUAUUUUGGUGUGUUAUCUAUUAAGAACUUUUGCUUAUAAAAAUUGAUUUUGCUAUUUAAUUUGUAAUUUACUUCAGAAAAUAAUUAGCACAAAUUCUUAUUUUUCUAAAGUUUAUUUGAUAAACAAAUGAAAAUAUUAGACUUAUUACAUAUAUAAUUAACUAUAAUGCUAUGUAAUUGUUUAAAAAUAUCACAAAAUAUGAUGACAUGAACUGCUUUUGUGUCUCUUAAGAUAGAAAUUUGACCAUAAACUUUACUUUUUUUUUUUUUUAAGUCAAGGACCAUGGAUUUAUUAUGACAUAUUUCCUAGUAGUUGUAAUUUUUUUUUAGCAUGUGUGUCUAAAUUCUCAUUAAUGCCUUUCUGUAUUAUGUAAACAGCACAGAAAAUGUUUGUACUAGAAUGUUUAAAAAUGUUUUUGUUGCAUUAACUCAAAGGAUAUGCCUAAUAUGUAUUUAAAUUCAA